UUUGAUGCAAGCUGCAAUUGCCAAUUGGGGCGGCCAUGCUGCGGGAAGCGGAGAGCGAAGAGCUGCAAUGGCGGUCAAAAUACAAUAUGCUCCGGAAAGAGGCGGAGUCUCCUGUCCUAAUGACACUGUAGGCCAGCUUAUGCUCUUCGUGGGCCUGUCGAACAGUAUUUAUGAUUUGCAGGGACGAAGUGCCGGCGCCUUCCUGCGCUUAUGAAGACACAGGUUUUCUCAACCUCAAGUUGUAAAAAGUGUGUUCCUUGUGGAAGUGACAUGUUGGAAGAGUAGUUUCGCGUGUUUGCCCCGUCAGCAUGGUCUUCACAAAGUCCACGAGGACCUGGUGUCCGUCUCCGCUGCGCAACUCGCUCAAAGCGAGCAUGAGCAGCGACGCACGAAUGGCAUCUCGCAAAGCUGCAGAUUUUGCACAGCGGCGCGAGCAAGCUGUUGCAUUCAUUAACCACCUGUCGGGAGCGGGCCUUCCAUCUGACGUGUCUGAGGGUCAGUUUCAGGAGUCCUUGAGCGAUGGAGUGCUUCUCCUACAGAUGCUGAACAAAAUCCUCGCUGAAUCGCAUCAGGAGACAGUCAAAGUGGUCCAAUUUGAUUCAGAUUCCAACCAAGAGGCGCAUGCUGCAUUCCAAAGCAUGGAAAAUAUCAGCAACUUUCUGCGGAGGGUAAAGGCCAUGAACCCCGAGCUGAAGCUCUUCGAGGCAUCUGACUUUGAGAAAAAGGGCUAUGGACCCAGCCGCACAGCUCGCAUCGUUGACUCUAUCCUGGACCUGGAGCUCUGGUACUCAGAGCAGCAGCGCGGGCAAACCCUGUCGCCUACUAGCUGGCGCCGGCAGAACCCCGCCCUGCCCGCUCUAUCCCCUCUUGUCACACAGACCCGUCCUGCAUUGGUCCUGGACGGCAAUGUAACUGCCUCCAGCAAUUUAGAAACCAACUCAGGGCAUGCCAGGACCGCCAGCAGUGAGAUCAGCGGGCUGGCCCGGCGGAUGCUGACCAGUCCGGCCGCAUUACCGUCGCCAAAGACUCCCUUUGCACCUCAUCUACAGGCAAUUCCUGCGACACCCGCUUCUCCUUUCAGCGAUGUCGUGGGAAACGUCCUCGGAAGCGCUAACCCCACCAGCAUCGACAUUGACGGAAUUGCAAGACGGCUGGAGAUCUUUGUGGAGACGUGCAAGCAGGAGUUCGACAAUCUGAAGUACGUCAAGGAGGAGCAGAUGCUCAAGCUGAAGGAAGCGCUAAUGGAUGCACUGAAGAGCGACGAGAUGCACCAGUCACGGGGCAGGAUGCUGGAGGCGCUGAUAGAGGGGCAGGGAGAGGAGGUACUGGUGGUGUCAGAGCAGCUGCAGCAGGCGCAGGAGGAGCAGAUGCGCGUGGCGCGCGAGAAGCGGCGGUUCAAGGAGGAGCUCAUACGGACGCGUCGGGAGCUGGACUUGGCAAACCAGAGAAUAGCAGAGCUAGAGGAAGAAGGGCCCCGCAAGUCGGCCGCCUGCCAAGAGCGAGAGGCCAGAGCGCACAUGCAGCUGCUGAGGGCGGCUGGAGAGCUUCAGGCUUUAAAACGAGCUCUGGUUGACACAAAGACAGAGGUGCAUCGGAGUGAGGAAAACUGGCGCGACCAUCUCAGAAGCUUAGAGGGCCAGAUGGUCGAGCUGGCGCGCGUGACGCAGGGCUACCAAAAGGUGCUGGACGAGAACAGGAAGCUGUACAACGAAGUGCAGGACCUCAAAGGCAACAUCCGCGUGUACUGUCGCGUGCGGCCCUUGCACUCCCACGAGCGCACACGCCCCAGCUGCGUUGAGUUCACCGGUCCCAAUGGUGACAUCAUGGUCGGAAGCUCCGUCAAGCCCAACAGCCGCCGCGGCUUCUCCUUCGACAAAGUCUUUGGGCCUGGGACGAGCCAGGAGGCGAUCUUUGCUGACACGCGCCCGCUGAUCCGGUCGGUGCUCGACGGGUACAACGUGUGUAUCUUCGCAUACGGGCAGACUGGGUCGGGGAAGACGUUUACCAUGGCCGGCCCCAACAACCCCUCGCAGACGGAUUGGGGCGUGAAUGUGCGCGCGCUGAACGACCUGUUUGGUCUCGGGAGCGAGCGCGCGCAGACGAUGCGGUACGAGGUGGGCGUGCAGAUGGUCGAGAUCUACAACGAACAAGUGCGGGACCUGCUCGACAGCACCGGCAACGGGCCACGAUCGCUGGAGAUCCGCAACAGCAGCCAGGUGGACGGCCUGAACGUGCCGGACGCCACCAAGGUGCCGGUCUGUUCCACCGCGGACGUCCUGCGCCUCAUGGACCUGGGCAUGCGCAACCGCGCGGUCGCGUGCACCUCGCUCAACGAGCGCAGCAGCCGGUCGCACAGCGUCUUGACCGUCCACGUGUACGGCCAGGAGGUGCUCUCGGGCGCCAUCCUGCGCGGCUGCCUGCACCUGGUAGACCUGGCCGGGAGCGAGCGGGUGGACCGGUCCGAAGCGACCGGGGACCGACUCCGCGAAGCGCAGCACAUCAACAAGAGCCUGUCCGCGCUGGGUGACGUCAUCGCGGCGCUCGCGAGCAAGAGCGCGCACGUGCCCUACCGCAACAGCAAGUUGACGCAGCUGCUGCAGGACGCGCUGGGCAAGCAGGCCAAGACGCUGAUGUUCGUGCACGUGUCCCCGGACGAGGAGUCGUACAACGAGACGGUGAGCACGCUCACGUUCGCCAAGCGCGUGGCCAGCGUCGAACUGGGGGCGUCCAGCAGGAACGCGGAGAGCGCGGAGCUGCGGGAGUCGCGGGAAAAGAUCGCGAAUCUAAAGGACGAGCUGCAGCGCAAGGCGGCAGAGAUUGAGCGGCUGCAGCAGCUCAAAGCGGAGGCAGUCAACCGAGCCAACACCCUCGCGGCCGCGGCCGCCCCCGCGCGCGUCGCGCCCGACCGCCGCUUGAGCGAGGGCGGGCUGGCCAAGCGCGCUUUGUCGCCCGAGAAGGAACCCGAGAAGAAUGCCCGGGUAAAGCGCCUGGGGGAGGGGAUGAGCGCCAUUGUGGAGGAGCGGGACGCACCCAGCGAGGGUCGACUGUCCACCGGGCGCUUCACUCGCAGCCGCGGCCUGCCGCCCUCAAUUCCGGGGGUCCGGAAGAUCCUCACCCGGCGGAACACCGGAAAGCCAGCGUCUCACAGCCUGGAAACCCCGCUGUCGGCCGGCAUCCUGACAAGAGCGGCGGCCGCGGCAGCGGCAGCGGAGCGGGAUCCCGGAGCGUUCGCUCAGAGCGAGGGUUUGGAGAUUUUGGCACCGUCUUGGCAAGCUGAGGGCGGCGAGCCGGCCGCGAACGGCCAUCCCGCACAACCGAGGGAACCCUUGGCGGGCGCUUGGUCUGAGAGCGACAGCUCAGGGGAGGUGCUGCAAAGUGAAGGCUCGGGUGACGAGGAACUAGGUGUGGGUCACCCAAUCGGCGAGCCGCAACAGCCCAGGGAACAAUCCGCCUCGGUGCCAGAGCCAAACGAUUCCCAGUUGCUUCAACCAGGCAAUGGGUUCCCAGAGAAGCCUGCCCAUCGACGCACAGUCUCCGUCGGCAGCGCCCCCGUCUCGGAGUCCCCCCCGGUGUCCCCCGCUCGCACUCCCCGAGCAAAGGACCCCCUGCGAGCGUCCUCGGAGGACUUCAAUCUUCCGCUGCCAACGGCGCGGCCGGACUCGCGGCUGAAGAAGGGGGAGAGCCGGGGAAACGUCACCAGGAUUGAAAAGGAGAACGAUGAGGAGGGGAGCACGCCGGCGCUGCUGCCCGGGGGCGCGUCCCCGAUCGGAAAGGGGUCUUUGUUCGAGAAGCAAAGCGGGGCGUCGAGGCUGAGGAUGGGCUCAUUGAGCAGUGAAAGCGCGUCCAAACUGCCCACACCCCGGCGCCUCACUAUGGCCGGCACGUCGAUUCCAAUUGCACCGGGCCGAGUCGCAAUCCAUCGCCGAUCGUCGUCCAUUGAAGAAGCCUUGCAAGUCCCAGUUCCCACCUCAGCUAUACCUGCUCCUCCGAGCAGGCUGAAGCAACCCGGGGCAGCAAUCACACCGUCUGGGGCUGCGUCCCGGCAAUCUGCUCGACGGCAGUGGGUUUAGAGGAUGAGGCUUAAGUGAUUGACGAUAUCACCUGUGUGGCUGGUCCAAAGGAUAUAAGAUUGAAACGGUUUUGACUGACUGCAAACAUACCGCUUUUACUGGAACUCUACAAAACACAGACCAACCCUGCCCUUCACUGACUUGGUGUAGAGGCCUCCCAUUAUGCAUGAUUGUACGCGGCG